GGUCAAGGCCACCUCACACCAUGUAAACACAGCAAAAUAUAGCAGAUCGACGGUAGUUCUUUCAAUAUUAAUUUAAUUAACUUAACAUAAUAUAGUACUACAACUAUAGAAAUAUAGAUGCGUAUUUGAUGAGCAAAACAACAACAAUUACAAUUGACAACUACAGUAACAGAUCUAUUAAAACUACCAAAAAAAUGGCUAAAUCUGAGGACGGCUGCCACGGCGUCUUUUUUGUGUGUUUAUUAAAAAAAUAAAGUUGCAGUGAAUUAGGGUUUAGGCUUAGGUUAGGUUGAAGGGUCGAUUUAGGGUUCAGGUUAGGUAUAGGGAUCGAUUUAGGGUUCAGGUCAGGUGAUUCACUCAGCAUUGAAAUUACUAUUUUUUAAACAGGCUAUAAGUAUAGCAGCGGUUCUCACUCAACAUGUUGAUCAUGACCCUUUGCCUUUGGUAAGGUUGCCAGGUUGCAACAUAAUUAAUGUUCACUAUUUUUUUUCUUCACAAAACAGUGGGCAUUUUUUGAUUCAAAAGCUGUAUGAUGAAAUGGUACAUUAUCUAAAGCUGUACAGUCUAAGUACUCUAAGACACAUUAGAGUACUUGUGUCAAACUCAAGGCCCGCGGGCCACGUCCGGCCCACUGUACAAUUAUAUCAGGCCGGCGAGGUCUUGACUGGCGUACAUUUUUAUCCAAGUUAAUGCUAUGAUGUUUCCCAAUGCACACUUCCCUGAAAAACGUAGCUUUCUUCACGCCGAGUUCACACAGCGCUUUAGUGACUUUGAAGCACACAAAUGUAAUUUCGAGCUAUUUCGUAACCAAUUUGUCAUUGUCAUUUCUUUAAGUUAAAUGCCUUUGGCAUUCCAAUUGAAAAUUAGCAGGUACCGGGUAAUAUGUUUAAUGUUGACUAAAAUUGCAGUUUCACCCUUUAAAAUAAAGAUUGUUAAUUUUUCAGAAAUUGUUGAAACCUGUUCUCAAAUUCCUGUAACAAAUCAAAAAUCAACACUGCAUAUUUCUUGUUUUGACAGGACUGUGUUUAGCCAUCAUAUCAAUUCCGGUAUACAUUAAAUUGCUUGCCUUUAUUUGAGAUUGCCAUAGUUUCAGUUUCAUAUUAAUCGCUGUUAAAGUUUGAAAUAUUGAAUUGAUCAGUUGGUUUUAACCUUGAAGACACAUGUUUAACUCAUUACAGUUGAAAUGCCAAAUGGUCCAAUGUAAUUUAAUGCUGAACUCUGUUUUCCUCAUCAAGUUCUGACAUACAUUUUUUUAAAAUUCAUAAAUAAUUUGAUUCAUUUUGCAAAUCAUAAAAUCUUUUUAACAUUUCUUCUCAAGAUAAGUAUCAGUAUGCAUACUAAUAUGAAAAAGUAACUUCCCAUAGCAAUAAAAUAAUAGAAUUGUCAAACUUAAAAAAAAGUGACGUUCAAAGGCGCUGUGUAUCAAUUUGAACAAAACGGCCAAAAUCUACAUUCUAAAAGCAUUUUCUACACACUAAACGGCCUUGGCCUAUAAAGGAAAGAAAAACAUUAAGCUACUGAUAAGUAUAGCUCGCUGUCAUCUCUCAUAACAAUUAACGUGUGCGCAACUAAAGAGGUUGGCUUGUAUCAAUCUGAUCAAGAGCGCCAGACGGAAGGUUAAUGAAUUCAUGGAAUUGGUGAAUCCUUCAAUCCUUUGCUCUUCUGAAAUUUACUGCCUUGCUGACAACCCAUUUUCAAAGCUUAUGACCUUGCAUUUUCUAGGUGUACUUUGUAGUAAUUUGUCACUUACAUUUUCUAGGUGUACGAUGCAGUGAUAUAUAUUAUUGGUCACAUACAUUUUCUAGGUGUACUCUGCAGGGAUAUUUCAAUUUGUAGACUUUGACUUCACACUUUACUAAAUAGGUUACUAUUGCUUGUCCUUGUGACAGUCUCACUUAAUUCACUUACUUACUUAUAAAGUCUAAUACUCGAAGGUCGAGAUUCCAUCUCUUAGGACCUUUGGCCGUGAAACAUAGCCCUGUAGUCCCUGGGGACUCCGGCCAUGCAACUCGGCCCAGAGUGAGAGGGGGUUGGAACAGCUUUGCUUCCUCUCCGGGGAUAACGUUGCAUUGCCACCCCCACCGUCCGGGAGCUGUACGUUUUCCUUGGUAUGGGACGGCUUUGCUUCCACUCCGGGAGUAGUCACGAGCUUAACUUUCUCCCACCGUUCCUAAGAGUUGUGCGAGCAAGUUUGGUUCCCAACAAAUUGUUUCCCUCCGGGGAGGCGUUGCGUUGCCUCAGGCCCGCAUUUCUCCGGGAGCGUUUCGGACAGGACUGUGAAGGGUCAGAACGGCUUUUACUUCCUCUCCGGGGGUGGCGUUGCGUUACCUCAACCCACCGUUCUGGGAGUUGUUCAGACUGGACGUGGCGAGGACGAAACGGUCGCCUAGGGGCGGCUUACUCAGGGCCGCGUCUUUUUAAUCAUUGACAAGGGUUUGGCCGGCCACCCACUGCCUCAUACCCAUCACCGGCAACACGUAAUCAUGUUAGCGCUAAACUUCCGUUGCAUUGGAAAUCAUGCGUUUUGCAGUGUGUGAUCUUUGGCUUCCGGAAGCAUGUCCGUACUAGUCUUCCGCGUCACGAAGAGGCAGAUCACGUGCGACAUUGCCGUGAGCAUGGCAAUGUGACUUUCCCUUGACCCAGCAUAAGCUGUCUCGAGGCAAACGUUGAAGGACUUACUUACUCAAUUUUCUGAUUACUCAUUAGACAAGUAAGCAUAGUUAGGCUCUUAUCAAUGCUGGACUGGCGCUAGGGUGGCGAACAGGGCCACCGCUUGAGGAUGGCUGGGGCUUGGCACUUAUAAUAUUAAAUAUUAAUACAGCCGCGCCGCGCCUAUUCAUAGUUUGUAAUUUCCAGGCAACUCAUUGUUCAGAGUUACCAGAUAAUCAAAUGGUAAGUCUGUCUAGUUCCCAUAUUAUCACUUAAGGUCAAUCACGUGAAGACCCUAAAGUGAAUAGUGAAGCUACAAGCUGGGGUAUUUAAAUUUCAUCUUUAGUUAUACAAUAUGGCAUCCUGUUUUCCGUCAACACUAUCAACAAGAUCUUGCAGACUUUAGCAAUGCAACUUGAUGUAGCCAUUACACAUGAUCCAGGCCUUAUCUGUUUCUUCAUCAAAUACAGAGAAGGAUUUGCAUCCGCAAUGACCACUACUUAAGAAUUAGCAUCAGAAAAGAAAAUCAAGAUUUGAGACAGUGUUUAAAGAAUGCUGCAAUAGACGGAUAUGAAUCUAGAAACAAGAUACAUCACAUGCCUGGCGAAUUUUUCUGGCUUGAAUAUUUACUGUGUUUAGUAGACAAGACGCUUGGGUACCGGUACCUUAAAGACACGUUUCCAACAAUGCAUGUGUACUUUGACAUUUUUGGUUUUUAUAUGACAUUCAGCAACUCUUCACCAAUAUUCUAGAUAAUUUUAGCAACCAUUGUGUGGAUUGGGACAUGGCUUUGAAAAAGGGUGAUUCAUGGGAUGGAGAGGGUUCAGACUUACCAUAACUGAAGAUGUUGAGAGCAACUAUUCCAGGAGAAUUACAAACAGCAUUUCAUUUUCUUCAAUUCCUUGUGCCGAUGACAGUUUUUUUUCAGAAUGGUGGCAUAGUAAAUAAAAUACUGACAAUAUCGGUAACUGUAGCUAGUGCAACAAGAAGUUUUUCAAAAAUAAAGUUGAUAAAAAUUUACUUAAGAUAAUUCAUGUCUCAAGCUUGAUUAAAUGGAUUGUCAACAUUUUCAAUUGAAUUAGUCAUUGUUAUCAUCCUUGAAAAUUAAGAAUUCUCAAUUUUUCUGUUAACUUAGCUGCAUUGUUACUGUCUUAUAUUAUUUUUUAAAAUUGUACUAGCCAGUAUACCCAGCGUUGCCAGGGAUUGCAUUUGGAAAAAGAAGAACCUCUACAUAUGUUUGGAUCCUGAUCCGGGAUGGAUCUUGAGACCGAUGGGAUACCGAUAACGCCAAUUUUCUAAUCACAGUAUGCUUCUGAUCCUGUUGGUAUCCAAUCCCGGUGGGAUUCCGAUAACAAUGUGUCAUAAUCUUGUGUGAUCCUGUUUCCCGUGGGAUCCUGAUGCUGGUGGGAUUAUACAACUAAAUGCUCUACUAUAGUACAUUACAAGUGUAACGAUUUAGUUUUGCCUGAUAUAGGCGGUCCUAUCAAAUCAGUCAGAUAAAUUAAGGAGUUAAAUUUUAAAAGUUGUUCCAAUAAAAUUUGGUUAUAAAAUGCCAUAGAUAUAACUUGUUAAAAUUAUCAAACUUUCUGGAAAAUUCUAGAUUUGAUACUCUUAGUUUUAACUCCACCGAUAUUUCAAUACAGAAAAUGAAGAGUAUUGCUAACAAGCUAGGCCAUGAUCCCUCAAUUCACAUAGAACCUAUAGCGUUGUCUAAGCAUAUUGAUAUUUAUAUAGCUUAUAUACAGAAAAAUGAAAUGGGGCUUCCAGCCCCAGAGGAAUGGAUAUGAUGUGAUCAGUGUUUGAAUAUGGAUAAUCAAGUGUAUGUGUACUAAGUUUGGUCAAGAUCCGUCUAUUAAUGAAGGAGUAUUUGUUAUAUAUAACUCAUAUAAGAAAAAAAAUGAAUUCGGGGCUUCUGGCCCCAAACGGAAAAGUAUGUAAUCCCCCUAGAAUUCCUUUCUGGUAAUGAUGGACACAUGUGGGAAGUUGGGUCAAGAUCCAUUAGUCCAUCAAUUUUCACUUAUAUACAUAUGUAACUUGUCGAUUAGGAGGCGUCGGCCACCGACCCCGCGGCGUUACCCGGGGGACAAAACUACUGGGCGCGUCCAGCGUGGGCAGACAAGGGAUGUGCUCGGUACCUGCCCUACAUAAAACAGCUCCUACAGGGCUGCCAGUUGAGAUAUUUCCCAACUGGAACAAUAGGCAGUGACAGGGUAGGGAUCAUGAUUACAAGUUGCUGUUAAUGGAUAUGAGGCGAGAGGCGAAGGUGGUAACCUCUGGCCGAUGAUUCUUACUACGCAGCCCUGAGAAGCUGCUCCAAGGCAACCGUUUCAUCCCAGCUGCAUCGCGAAUCAGUUGCGUUGUGGAAACCCAAUGUAGAAUCAUUCUUAUAGUCUAACGCUUCCGAGGGAUGGGUGGGGGAAGAUAUUAGGACGUAAAAUUUUCCAUCCCGACUCCUGAGAAAAUCGAUAGUGUGCACUGUGCGAAAUAACACAGUGUCGGACCGACCAGGUGUCUUUGGGUUAGGACGGCCCCCGGCGGAGACCUGGUCGAGCAGACUCGGGUGGGGGCCGUCCUGACAAAGAGACAUCCUCGGCGUGCCACUCCGCGGCCCAAUACCCGGGUUUGGGAGGGGUGUUUUGGGGAGGGCAUAAAGAGCGCAAGCUCGACCAGCCCGCUGACGCCAUUUCUUAAUGUGAUACAUAUAUAUAUGAUAUAUUAUAUAUAUAUGAUAUGAUUAUAUAUAUAUGAUAUGAUUAUGCAGUCUCUUUUUAGCUCUUUAUCUAUCAUAGUCUAUAUCUCUUUAUUGGUCUUGCCCUUUCAGCUUGUUUUUGUCAGACUUCGUUAUGCUCAUUCAGCUUGUGUUUUUCAGACUUUUCUUUGACCACCUUUAGCAACAACAGAAUUCUGCUCAGGGCAAUUCAACUGUCUCAUUAAAAAAAAAAUUUAGGAAACUAAGCAAGUGGACAAAUACCAGGUAAGGCGUUUCCCAUUAUGACCAGUAAGACUGAGUAUGAGUAUGACAUAUCUUGAUAAAUCCGUUUGCCCAAAAUUCCACUCUCCCUAGCCCCAAUCAGUUAGUCAUUAAAUAAUCUUAGUUUUAAAGGUAGCCACUAUUUAAGAACUAAGUCAGUCAAAACUUUUAAAAAUAUUAGGCCUUUUAUUAUUAUUAUAAAUCAUAAACCUCAGUGAUAUUCUCAUGUUAAGUUUCAGCAGCAAGAUAUUAUUAGUUUAUAAAUAUUAGGGCCUAGGUCUAAAUUUUAAUUUCAUAGGCAUGCCAUGUAUAUUUGCUAUAAGUUAGGCAUAAGUUGGCUAGAAAAUAAAUUAUAACAUUAAUUUAGAAAAAACAAAACUGAACAAAAUAUUAAUUCAUUCAUAUGAAGAUAACUAAUAUUUAUAUAGGUCUACAAACAAUCAGUUUUUACUUAUAACUCUAGCAUUAGACCUAAAAUUCCUUAGCUAAAAAAAUUAAAGUCAAUCAUAACCCAGAAAAUUAUUUAAAAAUCUAUUGAUUUUCUUUUACUUUCAAAUUUAACCCAGGAACUGUGGCAUGCAUCAUUCUGUGGUGUUGAGCUUUUCAGAGCAUUUUGAAUGCCAUUUGAAAUGGCAUUAAAUGACAUAGAAAUAUUGAUACAAUACCUCACUAAGUAUAUAGUUUUAGAAAAGUAAAUGGAUGGGGAUAAAGUUGGCUAUAUUGCCCACCCUGUAAAAAAAUUUUUACUCAGUGUCCUUGACGCAAGAACAAGUUAUCAAGAAAAAAAAAAUCGACAAAAUGUCUUGCUUUCAAGUGCUCAUUACAUCAUUAAUUUUUUAUAGAUACACUUAAAACACAAAUCUAAAUGUUGUAGCCGAUUCAUUAAUCUUUCAGAAAAUGUAUAGUUUAAUUAGGUUUUGAUUGCAAUUAAACCACUGAAAGCAAUUUCAGUAAUUUUAGGUCAUUUAUAUAAGAAACUGGGACCACAGCUAAAACCAAGUACAAAAUACAAAAUCUCAGGCAAAAUAGUUAUUAUUGAUUAGUAAACAUUUAAAAAGGAACUGUGGAACUGAUUUGGUUUGUUGAACUAUAAAAUUUAUUAGUUCUGAUCUAUAAUCUGUAGCUUCUGUGAAUGAAAUUCAGUCAGUCCCUGCCCAACCUCCGGGCCUGGCUCGAAGUCUAACAGUAGCCUCAGUUGGCCUACUUUAGUAUCACUAAGACUAGAAUAAAAUUCAUGAGAAGAAUAAUCUCAACUGAUAUCGUCAUGAGGGAAUGUUAAAAUCAUCAUCAGUAUCAGAUAAAACCUCUCCUAAAAAUCUUUCAAACAUAUUUCUAUUAGUUCUUGCACUUAAGGCCCAGCCAUAGCUUCUACCAUUUUAGCUUUAAAAAAAACUGCAGUAUUAAAAAGUAUUUACUUUUAAGUUAGCAAGAAAUAGCUUGAACCGGAAGAUGAUUUAAUUAUUAAUAAAAGGAAGUGGCUAUAAUUCCGGUUAAAGAUUGGAUUGAAAGUUGCUAUCGGACCAUGUUUUGUAUCGGCCGAUUUUUUUCGGCCGCCACAGUACAGAACGAGAAUAUCGGACGAUUUUUUCUGCCGACCACAGUUCUUGGGUUAAAAUAUAAAAAAAAUUAGUAUUUUCAUUAAUUUGUUUAUCAUCAUCUUAUUUAUCAAUUAGUCAAUUAUGAUAAUUUAUUAUUUUGUGAUAACUAUAUAAAAUAGAAAUAAUUUUUAGAAACUUUUAUUUUUCUUUAUAAUUAAUACUCUAUUCUUUUUAUACGGUAUUAUUUGAUUUUAAACCAUUGAUCGCAUUAAAUUGUUUUUUAAAAGUUCAUAUUUUUCCAUUUUAUUUUUAUCAGAUGACAAUUUAAAUAUGAUUUUUAAAAAAAAAGACAGAUUAGUUCAUUUGUCAUUAAAAUGUAACUAUUAUUAGGCCUAUGUCAUGAUUAUCAUUUUUGUUUGAAGAGUAACGGUAUUACAACAUAAGAAUGUCAUCCAAUGGAGUUGAUAAGAAUGCUAUUUACUAUGAGAUUAAGCCAAGAACAGUAAGUACAUCUUGUUUAAAGUUUUGUUUUCUAGUAUUAGUAUACUUGUAAUUAUAUUAAUAUGUAGCUACAUGACUACAUGACUUUCUCAUUAGCAUGAACAGUUGUAUUGAAGUGCAAGAAUUUAAAUUCCAAAGCAAUACAACUAAAAAUAAACAAAUAUAGAAACAUUAGGCCAACCUAACAAUAAACAAAUCAAGAAACAGUAGCUAUAGACCAUCCUAAUAAUAAACUAUUAAAGAAACAGUAGGCAAACCUAAAAAAUGGAAUUAAGCUAAAUUUUAGUUCUUUUGUAUUUGAACAGAGCUAUAAUACAUUAACAGUAAGCAAUGAUAUAUGCUCAAUUAAGUAUUAUUAUAUUUGUACACAUUUACUUAAUAAUAGUCACUAAAGUUUAUUUGUAAAAAAAAAAUGAAAGCUUCCUUAUAAAUUCAUACAAUAAUUGUUUUCUUUAUUAUUGAAAAAAUCAGAUUUGGUUGGUGAGAAUUGUCAACAUAAUUACAGUACUGAUGAUUCUGGUAGGUAAAAUACAUAAAUUGUCAUCAUAAUUAUACAGAAGGCCCACUUAUGAUUUAGUUUGGUAGCAUGCAUAAAUUAUCAGCAAAAUUUUACUGUAGCGCUACUGAUGAUUUAGUGAGGUAACAUACAUAAAAUGUCAGCAUAAUUUUACAGAAGGCCUAGUUAUGAUUUAGCUAGGUAACAUACAUAACUAACAACAUAAUUAUACAGUAGGCCUACUUAUGAUUUAGUUAGAUAACAUAAGUAACUGUCAACAUAAUUAUACAGUAGGCAUACAUAUGAUUUAGUUAGGUAACAUACAUUAAAUGUCAGCAUAAGUAUACAGUAGGCCUACUGAUGAUUUAGGUAGGUAACAUACAUAAGUCUGAUUAUUAAAAAAACCAAAACCUUUCACUUAUUUCAAGUUUGGUUUUUAUACUUUAUCUGACAUCUUGAGUGUAAAUAAUAAAUGAUUUAUAACAUCAAUAAAAACAUAGAAAUAUCUGAGAUCUCAUGGAAUAUUAAACUAUGUUAAGGUAACAUUUAAAUGAGUGUUGGACACCUUUUUUUGUGUGUUUACCAUAACUUAAUGAUUGCAACCAGGCCGUAUGGUUGAAGCCAUGACACAAGGUUUAAGACAGGACACAUGGUUGAAGCGAGGAAGUUUGGUUAAAGCCAAGACAUAUGGUUUAAGACAGGACCUAUGGUUGAAGCCAGUACAUAUGGUUGAAGCCAGGACGUAUGGUUGAAGUCAGGAUUUAUGGUUGAAUCCAGGAUCUAUGGUUGAAGCCAGGACAUAUUGUUGAAGCCACAAAAUUUGGUUGAAGGCAGGACAUAUGGUUUAAGCCAGGACCUAUGGUUAUGCCAUGAUAUAUGGUUGAAGCCAGGACAGAUGGUUGAAGCCAGUACACAUGGUUGAAGCCAGGACAUAUGGUUGAAGCCACAAAAUUUGGUUGAAGGCAGGACAUAUGGUUGAAGCCACAAAAUUUGGUUGAAGGCAGGACAUAUGGUUUAAGGCAGGACAUAUGGCUGAAGCCAGGACCUAUGGUUAUGCCAGGAUAUAUGGUUAAAGCCAGGACAUAUGGUUGAAGCCAGUACACAUGGUUGAAGCCAGGACAAAUUGUUGAAGCCAGGACAUAUGGUUGAAGCUAGUACAUAUGGUUGAAGCCAGGACAUAUGGUUGAAGGCAGGACAAAUGGUUGAAGGCAGGACCUAGGUUGAAGCCUGGACCAAGGUUGCAGGCUGAUCAUUUAACUCAGCUCUCAUUUUCAAAGAGAUCUCAAAAUUACAUGUGGACUUUUUCAUAAAUAAAGGCAUGCUUGGAAGUUACCAGUUAACUUUGAAUUUUAGCUUAGUUACAUUAAAUAGUGAAUUUGGAAUCCAGCAAGUUCUCAUAUUAACAUUGGGCAUGAAACUGUUUAACUUAGUUUUGACCAAACUAGGAUUUAAACGGGGCCAAAAAUUCAAACUGGCUGCUAAACUUUGUAGGUGUUGAACAACUCAGUUUAACUAUUCCAAGAACAUUCUCUGUUAACAACUAUUCAUUAGACAGUACUUAGGCUGUUACCUGUUUCAAAUUUCUGGGGCAAAUGAAACACACUGGGUUAUUGUUUGGGUAAACUUUGUUUUUCAGUUCUGUAGGUGGACAAUUACUUGGAAGUAAGAAUUUGUGGAUUAGGGUUGAUUCGGCUUAAAUAACAAUGCCUUGAAGCAAUCAUGACCACUCUUUAAAGAUAUCUGGGAGUAGUUGAUAUAGUAGUUUCAGAUCCCUCCAGUGCAUUUUUUCUGGCCUUCUUCUUGUCUGUAUCUUAACAAUGAUAUAUAUAAAUGAUAAAAUACAAAAUUGUGUACUUGACAUGCCUGGUUUAACUACAGUUAUUAUAUAUGUCGCCAAGGUGAUGCAAAGGCAUUUUUGGCCCCAAACGAAUCCAAAUUUUGGGGCUCCGCUUAUUUUAAAAUAAACUCAUCAAACAUUCUGAUUCCCGCCCUGGAGGUUCCCAAGACCCGAAUGAUUUACUCAAUUUCCUCGGCCUGUGCUUGGCCCUGUUUGUAGCUCUUGUAAAAUUCAUUGCAUUGUAAGAUAUGCUAUUACAUGUGUCUUCUGUGUCUUGUUGUUUCAGAGAUUUUAUACAGCUUGACUAAAAGCUAUCUGAGGUUUUAAAAUUACCCUUAGUAACGUUUGUUUCUUUACAAAAUAACAAAAUUUGUGAAUAUUAAAAUGUAUCCAUCAAGAUGAUUUAUUUAGAUAUCUAAAAUAAUGAGUCUAUUAUUAAGCAUAAUGAUUUUUCUAUCAUUAAGUAUGAUGAUGUUUCUAUUAUUAAGUAUUUUGAUGUUUCUGUUAUUAAAUAUUAUGAUGUUUAUAUUAUUAAGUACCGGUACCAUGAUGUUUCAUUGCAGAUAGCUGUGAUCUCUUGUUUUGUACAAGGGCAUAAGAAUAGAUCCUACUAUCUCCUUGUUGCUAACUUAAUUCGUGAGUUUUAGUUUGUUUGAUUACAGUAGGUUUAGCUUGAAUCAUUUCUGAAUGUGGCUGUGUACUUGGACGCUUAAAAUAAAAUGUAUUACCUACAGUUAACAUUACAGAUUUGGAUUUAUAAAAUAAAAUAUUGUUUUUGUAACUGAAGUUGAUUUUGCUUUGAAUGCUGAAAGUUUAUAACUUUCAUUUAAAAAAUGUUAAAAUGUCUUGUUUUAAUAUAACAAUUCCUAUAUAUAUUAAAAAUAAUAAAUUCCAUAUCUAACCCUUUUAUUUAAAAGAAUAAAUUCUAUAUCUAACCCACAUUUUUAAAAGAAUAAAUUCUAUAUCUAACCCUUUUAUUUUAAAAGAAUAAAUUCUAUGUCUGAUCCGUAUAUUUUAAAAGAAUAAAUUCUAUAUCUGAUCCGUAUAUUUUAAAAGAAUAAAUUCUAUAUUUGAUCCGUAUAUUUUGAAAGAAUAAAUUCUUUAUCCGAUCCAUAUAUUUUAAAAGAAUAAAUUAUAUAAACCCCAUUCCCAUUGUAUCAGUCAUUUUGAAUAUUUCCAAUGUUAAUUAAUAAUUUACAACUUGUUUAUCCCUUUGCACAACAGUUAGUGGUCUGGUCUAUUUGGUGGUGGUAAGUUUUUCUCUACUUGUAUUGAACAGUUAUCUCAUAAAAUUAGUGCUUGUUCACAGAAGUAUCUUUCAUGCCACUCAUGACUAAAACUUUUUCAUGUAGGCCGAGUGUACAGUAUCUUUCUUGCCGACCAUGACCUAUUUAUCUAGAUAUACAGUAUCUUUCAUACCACGCUUGACCUAUUCAUCUAGAAUUACAGUAUAUUUCAUGCCACACAUGACAUAUUUAUCUAGAUAUACAGUAUCUUUCAUGCCACACAUGACAUUUUCAUCUAGAUAUACAGUAUUUUUUAUUCCAUGAAUGACGUAUUCAUCUAGAUAUACAAGAUCUUUUAUACCAAGUAUUGACCAUUUAUGUAUAUAUACAUUAUCUUUCAUGCCACACAUGACCUAUUCAUCUAAAUAUACAGUAUCUUUCAUGCCAAGUAUGAACUAUUUAAUGAGGUAGAGUCUCAGUAUAAAGCGAUAGACUGCAUCACAAUGGUCAUUUUAAGCUGCAUUCAUCAUUCAUGUUAUUUAGUGUAAGGAAAAUUUGAUACAAAACUUAAAAGUUAUUUCUGACAGAAGACAAACUUAUGAUAUAUAUUAUUAUGCAAGGAGAGGGGUUUGUAAAAUUUAGCAUGUUAAGAAAAAAAAUUCAGCUUACCAGUAAAAAUUUAGCUAAAUAAGAAAAAAACAACGUAGGUAGCCAAUAAAAAUGUAACAAAUUAAGAAAAAACAACAUAGCUAGCCAUUGUAAAUGCAGCCAAUUAAGAAAAAAUGAUACCAACAUUGCUAGCCAGUAAAAAAUGUAGUCAAUUAAGAUAAAAACAAUAUAGCCAGCCAGUAGAAAUGUAGCCUAAUAAGAAAAAAAACAUAGCUAGCUAGCAAGUAAAAAUGUAGCUAAUUAAGAAAAAAAACAACAAUAUAGCUAGCCAGUAAAAAUGUAGCUCAUUAAUAUUUUUAAAAAAACAUAUCUAGUCAGUAAAGAUGUAGCAAAUUAAUUAAAAAAUAAAACACAAAAAAACCCAAUUCAAAACAAGACAAUAAAACAGUGUUGCAACGCUUAAAUGUUUAUUUUCUAUAUUUCCAGAAUUGGUGGUAUAAAACUGGUGAUCUGGUAAGAAGGAUUUGUUUAGCAAUUCAUACUUUAUUUUUUGAAGAAAUUCACGUUUAGUUUAAUAUUCUAUAAACUACUCUUUGCAGAAAUGUAUAAAUAUAAUACUUGAAAUGAAGUAAGUGCUACUGUAAAUUUGGAAAAUUAUAUCAGUAUACCAAUGAAAGUUAUCUAAUAUUUAAAUAGGUCUAUUAUAAUUUUCUUUGCUCAUUUUAAUAUAAAAAGGAUUGCUAAAAAAGCUGUGAUUGAUUAUGACCAAUGAAUGACUCGACCUUUCAUCUUCAGGGCAGCGACAAGUUCUGGUUUGUCCUUGUAGUGUGUGCCGUUAUUAUCUUCCAGUGUAUUAGCACAGACAUGUUUGUUUUCAAAGUGGACACACCCACUCAGCCGACAACAACAGUGCCCCCCCCUGUCCCUACCAAUAAGACAAUGUUUUCUUACCAAUAAGUCAUAUUUUUCCUUACAUUCUCAUAAUAUAUCAAAAGAAUUCUGUCACUACCACUAAGUCAAUGUUUUCCUUACAUUCUCAUAAUAUAACAAAAGAAUUCUGCCACUACCACUAAGUCAAAGUUUUCCUUACAUUCUCACAAUGUCAUUAAACAAAAAUCCUGUCAAUUAAUAUCAAUAAGUUGAUGUUUCACUUACAUUCUCACAAUAUAUCAAAUGAAUUAUGUCACUACACUACAAAUAAAUCAAUGUUUUCCUUACAUUCUCAUAUAAUAAAAGUAUUUACUUUCUUUUUAAGGCUGUUUUAAAAUUAAAAAAAAAUUCAUUUACAAUUCUUUCUAAGUGAUCUCCCCUUGUCCUUGCUGUGCUGAUAAUUCUUUGUGUUUUUAUGAGUACUAAAUAUAAUUGAUAUACUUUAGUCAUAAUAGUGGCUCAUGUUAUAUAUUAAAGCAGUGGUUUACCAUGCACUUCUCAUAGGCUUCUUGAGGAACCCCUGUACUAGAUUCAUAAUAGUGACCACUCAUCCAGUUCUAGAAAGUCAUAUGUUUCUUUAGGGCUCCUUCUAUUGCCAUGGAAAUAUUCUCAUUCCCAAUAAUUGUUUACCCCCUACAUUUAUAUUUGAAAAAACAUUGCUCUACAAAGUUAAUUGCUCAAACCAUACAUUUAACAAAAGAUUAUUUAUGUUUGUUAAGAAAGCUUAAAUUUACUCCUGAGAAACCAAAGAAAAGUAAUGUUUAUAGAAUUAUGCAUUGAAUAGUAAAUUUAUGUUUUUUUGAUGAUUUACUUGAAGCAAUCUCAUUAUCUGACAUUUUAAAAAAAAACUUACUAUUUAAAGAGUGACAAUUAUUGACAUAAUCUCAAUUGAUCUAUGGUAAUGAUGGAUAUUACUUGUCAUUUUAAUAUUACUUGUGCAUUUAUUUUGAAUGUUUUGUAUAUCUCUGAUAUUUAUGCAUGUUUUUUGUGCCACUCAGCAUGUAUGUUAUAAGUUAUAUACAAAUUGAUGUCUUCAAGUGUGUCCAUAUGUUAUAUUCAAAUUGAUGUAUUUAAGUGUGCCCAUAUGUUAUACAAAAAUUGAUUUAUUGUAGUGUUAUAUAAACAUUGUGCAUUUAGAUUAAUUACCAUAUUGAUAAAUCAGCUUGCAAAAAAAACAAACAACGGAACAAUGUUAUUUGUUACCUUUUAAUUUCCAUCCUUAUUUUUUACUGCACCCAUCAGCUUAUACUUAUAUAAAACUUUUACUUCGGGGGUAACAACAUUAUGAGUUGUGAGAGCAAGUUCAGCAUUAGAAAUUAGAAGUUGUUGAGCAGGUUCAAUAUUAGGUGUUAAAGGGACAGGUUUUACAUUAGGAGUUGUAGGAGCAGGUUCAAUAUUUGGAGUUGUGGUUGCAGGUUUGAAACCAUUAGGCAAAGUAUGAAUUAAAUUGGAUUUGUAAAUAUUAGCUUUUUACAGGCAAAAAGAUAAUUUUGUAACAACUAUCCUAUUUUUCCAUGACUCUGACUUGAAUGAUACUUGAUAGUAUGAAAUACAUGCUUUUUUUUUAAAUUUAUGAAACUUAUAUUUAUAUUGCACAAAUAUAAAAAUGAACGCUGCAAAUUUGUAGGAAGAAUUAAUUUGAAAUGAAAUUUAACUGUUUUUGGUAAAUCUUAAAAUUGUACUUGUUUUUAUUGGUGCUAUUGUUGACUUGUUUGUAGUUCUAAUUGUGUUGAGACGAAAGUAUAAGACAGAUCUUACGAUUCUGUAAUCUCCCUUGUGCAUAUAUAAGAAAAUCAAUACAUUAUUACAAGUUUCUUGUUUUCCUAACGCAUUUUUUUGGGGGUGUUUUUCUGUGUGGUAUUAAUCUUGAAUUAUUGACCAUUAAAAUGUGGAGAGACUUAAAAAUUGAAAAUGAGUAAAUUUUCUAACUUUAUUGUUUUGCCAGGACUCUAAUGCUAUCCAUGAGGUACAACUGCUUGCAUUGACAUCCUCUAAUGCUACCCAUGCGGUACCAGUACAAAUGCUUGCACUGACAUACUCUAAUGCUAUCCAUGAGGUACAACUGCUUGCAUUGACCGGCCCCAUAUUUCCUCAUCCCUCCAUCAUUAAUUUAAUAAGGGGGUUUUCACCAAAAUAUUAUUUCCUUGUCCUAUAAGUUUAUUAUAGUCAGUCGUUUAUUGUUCUAAUUAUUAUUUUGUAAUAAUUGCAUCUAGUAGAUACUUCUAAUUAAAUUACAUUUGUACAGGGUUUACACUUACUGAAUAAAGAAUCAAAGUGGAUGCAAUUAAGUUCAUUGUUUGACCAAAUUACAACUGUUUGUUUAAAUCUACAUUGUCUUACAUAAGGUCAUUUCCCAUAUAUUUUUGUAAGUUAGAAACUAAUUUAGAAAAUGCUGUGCUAGAACCUAGCUUGCAAUUAGGCAAUGCUCUGAAGAAACUAGCUUGCAAUCAGGCAAUGCUCUGCUGGAAACUAGCUUGCAAUCAGGCAAUGCUCUGAAGAAACUAGCUUGCAAUCAGGCAAUGCCCUGCGAGAACCUAGCUCGCAAUUAGCCUGUGCUCAGAAGAAACUAGCUUGCAAUCAGGCAAUGCUCUGAAGAAACUAGCUUGCAAUCAGGCAAUGCUCUGCUGGAAACUAGCUUGCAAUCAGGCAAUGCUCUGAAGAAACUAGCUUGCAAUCAGGCAAUGCUCUGCUGGAAACUAGCUUGCAAUUAGGCAAUGCUCUGAAGAAACUAGCUUGCAAUCAGGCAAUGCUCUGAAGAAACUAGCUUGCAAUCAUGCAAUGCUCUGAAGAAACUAGCUUGCAAUCAGGCAAUGCUCUGAAGAAACUAGCUUGCAAUUAGGCAAUGCUCUGAAGAAACUAGCUUGCAAUUAGGUAAUGCUCUGAAGAAACUAGCUUGCAAUUAGGCAAUGCUCUGAAGAAACUAGCUUGCAAUUAGGCAAUGCUCUGAAGAAACUAGCUUGCAAUCAGGCAAUGCCCUGCUAGAAACUAGCUUGCAAUUAGUCAUUUUUAAUUUGUUUUGCUACUUUUUGGGUGAUAAAAAUGUUUGAUUGAACUGGAAGUUGGAUUGAUCAUAUCUUCAAUCCAGUUUUUUUCUUAGCCAAUAGAUGCUGUUAUGUAGUAAUUACUUUUUCUAGAUGUCAUUUGUUAUGGACAUGACCAUGUAAUGUUGGUUGUAAAAAUAUUUAAUUAAUAAAUAAGUCAAUUUUCCC